AUGAUUCAUGUUUGUUCUAAAAGAAAGAAGGAAAUAGCUAUGUUCAAGAUUGAUUUUGCCGAAGCUUUUGAUUCUAUAGAUUGGGAUUUUCUAAUUGAUUUGUUGAAAGUUAGAGGGUUUGGUAACAGAUGGUGUUCUUGGAUUCUUCAUAUUGUCUCAUCUUCAAAUUGUGCUGUCCUUGUUAAUGGUUCACCAACUAGGUUCUUCUCUUGUAAACGAGGCCUCAAGCAAGGAGAUCCCCUAUCUCCAAUGCUUUUUAACAUUGCUGCUGAUGUUUUGAACAGAAUGAUCAUGAAUAAUGUUGAAGAUGGAAUGUUAUCAUCUCUUGGGCUUAGAAAUCCUCUCAAUCAAAUAUUGAUAAGGUCAGGAAAAACUUCCUAUGGACAGGAAAGGCAGAUGUUAGCUCUUUCAAAUGCCUGGUUAAAUGGAAAAAACACAUCCCACUCAUCUUUUUGGAAUGCUGUUUUAUCACAAAAGGAUGCUUUUUUACAUAACAUAAAAUGGAUGAUAGGUGCUGGAGAUAGAGUUAGAUUGUGGGAAGAUAAGUGGACUGGCUUCAACAAUUUAGCAAGUGUUUUUCCGGAAUCAUACAAGUUAGCACUCUCAUCAAAUGUUUCUGUCAAGAGUCAAGAUGUCAACCUCCUGAACCCCAUCCUUGUACAUUGCAGGAGUUCUGGCAAACCCUUCUAUGCGAUCAUUCACCGGAUUGAUGUUGGAUUGGUUAUUGACUUGGAGCCCGUUAACCCUGCUGAUGUACCCGUUACCGCUGCCGGAGCAUUGAAAUCCUAUAAGCUUGCUGCUAAGGCGAUUUCAAGGUUGCAGUCCUUGCCUAGCGGCAAUAUCUCUCUUUUGUGUGAUGUUUUGGUUCGGGAGAUUAGUGACCUUACCGGUUAUGAUCGUGUAAUGGCUUAUAAGUUUCAUGAAGAUGAGCAUGGAGAAGUUAUAGCUGAGUGUAGGAGGUCGGAUUUGGAGCCUUAUAUCGGCCUUCAUUAUCCUGCUACGGACAUCCCGCAGGCUUCGAGGUUCCUUUUCAUGAAGAGCAAGGUGAGAAUGAUAUGCGACUGCUCUGCUCACCCAGUUAAAAUCAUCCAAGAUAAGAAGUUGGCUCAGCCUCUGAGUCUCUGUGGAUCGACUCUGAGAGCACCUCAUGGAUGUCAUGCUCAGUACAUGUCGAACAUGGGUUCUGUUGCCUCGCUCGUGAUGUCAGUUACCAUUAAUGAGGACGAUGAUGAAUCGGGCAGUGAUCAAAAGGGAAGAAAGCUGUGGGGAUUGGUGGUUUGCCAUCACACAAAUCCUAGGUUUGUCCCCUUUCCACUUAGAUAUGCCUGUGAAUUCUUGCUUCAGGUCUUCGGGAUUCAGCUUAACAAAGAGGUAGAGUUAGCUGCUCAGGCAAGGGAGAAGCAUAUCCUUCGGACCCAGACUGUUCUCUGUGACAUGCUUCUUAGGGAUGCGCCUAUUGGCAUCUUUACACAGACUCCUAACGUUAUGGAUAUUGUUAAGUGUGAUGGUGCUGCUCUUUACUACAAGAACCAAAUUUGGGUUUUGGGAACAACGCCCACAGAGCCUCAGAUUAGAGAUAUUUCUGCCUGGCUUCUAGAGUGUCAUGAUGGCAGUACAGGUUUAAGCACUGAUAGCUUAAUGGAAGCUGGUUAUCCCGGUGCUUUGGCCCUUGGAGAUGUAGUUUGCGGGAUGGCUGCAAUCAAAAUUACCGACAAAGACUUCAUCUUUUGGUUUCGGUCUCACACAGCAAAGGAGAUUAAAUGGGGUGGAGCAAAACAUGAACCUGCCAAUAGAGAUGAUGAAGGCCGGAAAUUGCAGCCUCGAUCUUCUUUCAAGGCUUUCUUAGAGGUUGUAAAGUGGCGAAGUCUUCCUUGGGAAGAUAUAGAAAUGGAUUCAGUUCAUUCAUUGCAGCUCAUACUACGGGAAUCUCUUCAGAAUGAGACUGCUGUGGUCGAAUCCAAGACCUUAGUGAAUUCAACACUUGAUGAUAUGAAGAGGAUUCAAGGAAUGGACGAACUGCGUGCGGUUACUAGUGAAAUGGUUCGUCUUAUUGAAACUGCAGCGGUGCCCAUUUUUGCUGUUGAUUCCUUGGGGAAUAUGAAUGGAUGGAAUACUAAAGCAGCAGAGCUAACAGGUUUGUCUGUGGAGGAUGCUAUUGGUAUGCCACUGACUGGUCUUGUACAUGAUGACUCGAUUGAUGUGGCCAAAAGUGUUCUUAGCUUAGCGUUGCAAGGAAACGAAGAGCAAAAUAUUGAAAUCAAACUUAAAACAUUCGGUCAUCGAGAAUGCGAUGGGCCUGUUGUAUUGAUUGUUAACUCUUGCUGCAGUUGUGAUAUGAAGGACAACACAGUCGGGGUUUGCUUUGUUGGACAAGACGUGACAUGUCAGAAAAUGAUAAUGGAUAAAUACACUCGUAUUCAAGGUGAUUACAAUGCUGUUGUAAAGAAUCCAAGCGCACUAGUCCCUCCUAUAUUUAUGGUCAAUGAGCAUGGUUGCUGUGUUGAGUGGAAUAGUGCUAUGCAAAAAUUAUCCGGUUUGAAAAGGGAGGAUGCAGUCGGUAAAAUGUUGGUUGGGGAGGUGUUUGAUCUGAAUGGUUUUGGGUGUCCAGUCAAAGAUCAUGACACCUUAACCAAGCUAAGGAUCUUAUUAAAUGGUGUGAUUGCAGGUCAAGAUGUAGAUAAACUGCUUUUCGGGUUCUUUGAUCAAAAUGGUAAGUUGGUCGAAGCUUUACUUUCAGGAAACAAGAGGACUGAUUCUGAGGAUAGGAUCACUGGGGUGUUGUGCUUUUUGCAUGUGGCAAGCCCAGAGCUUCAACAAGCCUUGCAGGUGCAGAGAAGGGCUGAACAGGCUGCCAAUAAUAGUUCUAAGGAAGUGGCGCACUUACGCCAAGAAAUCAAAAACCCACUUCAUGGAAUUGUUUUUACUCAAAAUUUGAUGCUCGCUUCUGAAUUAACUCAGGAACAAAAGCGACUUCUUCAGACUAGCAUCCAAUGUCAGGAACAGUUGACAAAAAUCCUGGAUGACUUAGACAUAGAGAGCAUUGAGCAGUGCUACAUGGAUCUGAAUACUGUAGAAUUUAGCCUUGGGGAAGUUUUUGAGGCAGCCAUAUCUCAAGGGAUGGCCCUAAGCAAGAAACGAGAGGUGUUGCUUGUUCAUGAUUCAACUGCUGAAGUAUCUUCAUUGAACUUGUAUGGUGACAAUUUGAGGCUUCAGCAAGUUCUGGCAGACUUUUUAGUGACUGCACUUCAGUUCUCACCACCUGCUGAUGGAUCUGUAAUUCUCCGCGGCAUCUCAAGAAAACAACGAAUAGGGACUGGAGUGCAUAUUGUUCACCUUGAGUUAAGGAUCAUUCAUCCAGCACCAGGUAUUCCAGAGGCUCUGGUGCAGGAGAUGUUCCAUCGUGGCCAGAGCAUCUCAAGAGAAGGACUUGGUUUAUACAUUAGCCAGAAGCUCGUUAAGAUAAUGAACGGUACCGUUCAGUACCUUAGAGAAGCUGAGAGCUCGUCUUUCAUUGUUCUUGUAGACUUCCCGUUGGUUCAGAACACAAAGAGGCGUUUAUCAUAAAAACAAGUGAUUCAUCUAUAGUUACUCCCUUUGUUGGCCUGCUUUGAGGGGCUACAAGCAACAACACAGAAGUAUGACUAAUCAAAUGUCGAAAAAUGAUUUUGCGUUGACCUGGCAACUAAGUAGAAAGCCCGAGAAAAACAUUUGGAGGGAAGCCUCCCAUUCUCUGUUUUUAGGUUCACCUUGUUUAUACUGUUGAGUGGAUUGCCUUGGAUACUUCCGUAGAUUUUAGCUAAUAUGGGCACUUGGCAGUAAGUUCUAACUUGGUUAGAAGCUUUGAUUUAGCUUUAUGAGAGAGGUUACAUUUAGAGUUCAGAAAUUCAUACGAAAUCUCUCCUUUUCUUCCAUUUCUUUCUCAUUUUAAAUAUUUUAUGUGCUCUAAUGUCCUUGGACUGAUAGUUGUUGAGCUUGUCGAAAUGUGACCAACAGGCUGACAGUAGCUGACAGGUACCAAAAACUUGCCUGGUUCACGCUCGAGCUUGUGCGACGCAGCAUGAUUAUCAAUUUCUUCCAUUUACUUGCACCAUACUGGUUUUUUGCAAAAUAACAAGUGUUAUCCAGUUCGUCAAAAACAGCAGGUGGGCAGGACCAAUAUCUUAUUCUUACUGAUCCAGACCUAUGAAGGUUCUGCUGCAGAAAUAUUAAAGCAACCAAGACGCUCUUAUGUGACCAUACCUUGUGCCUGAUUUUAUGAGGUGUACGAUGAUGUUUCCAGUAACGCUAAUCCUAUCAGGUGGGGGUGGGUUCUUGUUUUUAAAUUUUUUUACGCAGUAUGCGAAAUAUAUCAGUUACAUUGACCUUUUACAGCA